AUGAAUGCCAUUGGAGUGGCAGCGGUGGCUGAAAGCUACCAGACAUUCAACCCCAGGGCCUACUUGCAGAAUAACUAUAUGCCACCUCGUGCUAACUUCACAAGUGAAGAGUUUGCUGUGCCUUGGAAACUCCGUCGACUGGCAGAUGCCUUUGCCACAGGGAAAAUCCAUGGCAAGACUCUUAUCGAUAUUGGCUCAGGCCCCACCAUCUACCAGCUCCUCAGUGCCUGCGACUUUUUUGAUGAGAUUGUGGCUACUGACUACUUGGAAGUGAACCGGUCUGAGAUCCACAGUUGGGUGCAUGGUGACAAUCCAGGGGCAUUUGACUGGUCCCCAUAUAUCCAGCAUGUCUGUAAGAUUGAGGGGAAAGGGGAACCCUGGAAAGAGAAAGAGCAGAAGCUCAAGAAGAAGCUCAAGAAGAUCCUUCCCAUUGAUGUCCACCAACCCAAUCCAUUAGGUUUUGUGCUCAGCCAACCAGCUGAUGCCUUGGUCUCUACUUUCUGCAUCGAGGCUGUGAGCCCAGAUCGACCAAGCUUUGAUCGAGCUCUUCAGAACGUCACCACCCUCCUCAAGCCUGGUGGCCAUUUCCUUAUGAUCGGGGGUUUGGAAGAGUCCUUCUACUUGGCUGGAGAAGCCAAACUGUCAGUUGUACCCAUGAAGGAAGAAGACGUCAAGGAAUCUUUUAUCAAGGCUGGCUAUCGCAUCCACGACUUCCACUCCUACUCUAUGCCACCAAGCCUGAAGAUUGGUGUGGAUGAUGUACAAGGGAUCUUUUUCAUCAAUGGGCAGAAGUCAGCUUGAUUCCAAACUGAUCAGUGGCUCCAUCCUGCCCCUCACCAAAGAAACAUCAUAUUGCAUUAUACAUAGGUAGAAAGCUUGCUCGCUUAUACUGUUACCUCCUGUGCUAGUGCUGCUAUGCUCAAGAGCUGUGCAUU